AUGUCGCUCUCCGACCUGGAGGCCAAUAUCCAAAGAACCGCCGAAAGCGAGGCUAAAGUCUUACCCUCAGCUGAGCGGGUGGCCCGCUUAGAGAAACAACCCUCUCGCCUGGGCGGGCUCAUCUUCAAUGAGGACACGGAACCCAGCCACAAACUGGUAGAUAAAGCGUGCCAACAGUUCGAGAACGGGAUCAUAGAGUACAUCCACCCGGGAAAGUGUGCCUCCCGAAAGAUGGAAGCAGACUCACACAAGCUCGAACAGACUUUCGUCAUCGACCCUUCAACAGGGAACCUCAAGGGCUCCAAAAAGGAGACGGAGACCAUGUGUCCAAUCAAUGAUGGACUUCGCCUACCUGACGCCCUGCAGCGUCGGGCGGACAAGUUCCUCUUUGGCAGGAUUGCAGAGGACACGCGCGCCAAACUGGAGCAAAACCUGCCGAUGCCAGACUCGAACACUGGAUGGUCCAUCCAGAGGCAGAAGAAGAAAGCGAAGAAGGACAAGAAGAAUGCUGAUGCCAACAAGGAUACCCAAGCUGACAAAGGGAGGGAAGACAAGCCUAAGUUUCAGCUGCCAGAAGGCUGUGUUGCCAAGAUGCCAGAUGGGAAGCCACUCUGCUUCCUCUUCAGUCGCGGGGUGUGCAAGCGCUGCCCGCCCGGCAAGCGUCUCCCGCACCUGGCGCCCAAGGACUCCAGCAGAGUUCGUUCGGCAAACGAGCUGUGCGGCUUCGUGGUCUCUGUCCUCUACGCAAUCUUCCCGGCUGGACAACCCGUGGUCAUAAGCAUCGAGAACCCCCUUAACUCCUGGCUUUGGCCAUACCUCGAUUCUCUGGUCAAGGCAAUGGGAGACGAUGCUUUUAUGCAGUGGUGCGUCAUCUUCGACCACUGCAUGUUGGGGGGCACCAGGGACAAAGCAGCCCGCUGGCGAGGCGUACUAACCUGGGCAACCAAGCUGGAGGCAGAAUACCCCACUCUCCUCUGUCGCACCGCGGCAGCAUGCCUACAACACCACUGGAAGUGGCAACCUCCGGUUUCCACUCCUGAACGAGCGGCUUUGGCGCUUUCUGGGAAACAAAAAGCUUCGUGCCCGCCGCUGCUGCCCGAGUACUCCUACACGUGCCGCCUCCAGCAAGUGCCUCCAGGUAGGGACUAUAAGGUGCUGCGUUCACUGGCUGGUUCAGAAGGGGAAGUCUUCGAGGGAACGCAGGACGACAUUCACUUGGACUCCGUCGUUGGCGUCUACGCCACACCACAUGAGUUCCUCUAUCAGGCCCAGUUCGUCCCUCAUCCUCUCGAUCAGGAAAGUGACACCGUCCAUGACGUCCUUAAGAGAACCAUCCAUUGGAGGCUGACUACCUCCGAAGAGGAAGUCGUGAAAUGGCGCGACAACUUCCUCUCCUCUUUUAGGAGACAUGCCCAAGAAAAUGAAGAAGCUGAGAAAGAGCUCCACGGCAACCUCCAUCCCGAAGUGGAGGAGGUCGUCAAAGGUAAAAACAUUCUCACCUGGAAGUGGGCCCUUUCCCAGCUGGGGUACGAUGACGAGCAGGCCACUGCUUUCAUGACGGACGGUGUUCCCAUGGUUGGCAACCAUGAUGCCCCGCCAAUUUAUCCGGAGAUCCUCAAACCAGCUAAGGAAGUGGUUGAGACUCUCGAGGCCACGGCAGGUUGGAGGCGCUUCCUUAUCUGGCAGAACGAGAAGGCGAGGGUUAUCGACGACCCAAAGGAGUCCCAGAUCAAUGACUGCUUCGCAGUCCGGUCUAAGCUCGCCCUACAAGACACUGACUUUUGGAUCAAAAUCCUGGGGAAGGUCUCGCGAUCGUUGGAAAGUGGCACCAGUCGACACGUCCUCAGUGACGGCGAGGUCCUCGAGGGAGCCAUCCAUCCCGACUCUCUGGCUUCCCCCUUUCUGGGGAGAGGGGUUGACCUCUCGAAGGCUUACAAACAAGUCCCGGUAUCCCCAGGUUCCAAGAAGCUGAUGGUCCUGGCGGUAUGGAACGACAAGCGCUCUGACUACUCCUUCUUCUUGGUCAACUCCACCCCGUUCGGGGGGAGUGCGAGCGUCUAUGGGUUCAACAGGAUAUCGAGAACCUUGUGGUGGUUGAUGGUCCUCGGGCUGGGUUUGAUAGCCACCACCUACUUCGAUGAUUUCCUGAUUUUCGAGAAUCAAAGGCUCGCGGAUAUGACGGAACUUUACCUGUCGAAUCUGCUCGACCUCCUCAACUGGAAGCAUGCAACAACGGGACCUAAGCCUUUCGACCAGACCUUCUCGAUUCUUCGCUAA